GAGUUCACCGGCGCCAGACACACCGUCUGAUAGAGAAGGUGCUCAGUCCCGAAUGACUUCACCGGCCCGUGAGUAUGAGAUGUUUGAAGAUGAAGGUGCUAUUCUUGGAGAUAAUGCCCGUGAAGAAGAAGAGGAAGAUGGGGAGGAAUUGUUCAAUGAUAAUAUGGAAGCUGAUUAUCGACCAAUGCCAGCACUUGACCGUUAUGAUAAUGAAGAUCUUGAUGAAGAAGAUUAUGACCCUAUGUCUAUUGAAGAUCGUGUUGCUGCUGAGCAAGAGCUGCGUCGAAGAGAUCGGGAUGAAGGAAGGCAUCGGAGAGAUGACCGUGGCUUGUUGUAUGAUGAAUCUGAUGAGGAACAUGGCGAUGCUCCUCAUGCGAAGCGUAGACGUGCAGCCGAGAAAGCUGCCAUGGGCACCGAUGAACAGAUUGAAGAGGGUAUAGAAAGUAUUGAGAAUCUAGAAGACACUAAAGGUUACACUACGAAAGAGUGGGUUUCAAUGUUGGGACCCAGAACAGAAAUCGCUAAUAGGUUCAAGAACUUCCUUCGCACAUACACUAACACUAAAGGCCAGUUUGUGUAUAAAGACAGAAUCAGAAGAAUGUGUGAACACAACCAAGCAUCAUUCCAUGUAGAAUUCGAUGUCCUCGCAAGAAGAGAACAAGUCCUCGCCUAUUUCUUGCCCGAAGCGCCAUUCCAAAUGCUUCAAAUAUUCGACGAAGUCGCUAAAGACAUAGUACUGCAAAUUUUCCCAAGUUACGAAAGAGUGACUUCGGAGAUUCAUGUUCGAAUAUCUGAUUUGCCUCUGAUUGAGGAAUUAAGGACUUUUAGGAAACUCCAUUUGAAUCAAUUAGUUCGUACAGUGGGAGUUAUCACGGCUACAACGGGAGUUUUGCCUCAACUUUCUGUUGUGAAAUAUGAUUGUAAUAGAUGCGGUUAUAUUCUGGGACCGUUUGUGCAAUCUCAGAAUUCGGAAGUCAAGCCCGGUUCCUGCCCAGAGUGUCAGAGCUCGGGACCUUUCAUGGUGAAUAUGGAACAAACGGUGUACCGUAACUAUCAGAAAGUAACAAUCCAGGAAUCUCCAGGGCGGAUUCCCGCUGGCCGAAUUCCACGUAGCAAAGAUUGCAUAUUGCUGGCUGAUUUAUGUGAUCGUUGUAAACCAGGAGAUGAAGUGGACCUCACUGGCAUCUAUACUAAUAAUUAUGAUGGUUCACUUAACACUGAGCAGGGUUUCCCCGUAUUUGCAACUGUGAUAAUAGCAAACUAUAUAGUAGUGAAAGAUUGCAAGCACAUAGUUGAGUCGCUUACAGAUGAAGACGUUGCCAACAUACUGAAACUAUCCAAAGACCCGCAAAUAGGAGAGCGGAUAGUUCAGAGCAUCGCUCCGUCUAUCUUUGGACAUGAUUACAUCAAAAGGGGGUUAGCUUUAGCAUUGUUUGGGGGAGAGCCCAAAAAUCCAGGUGAUAAACACAAAAUAAGAGGUGAUAUUAACGUUCUCAUUUGCGGUGAUCCAGGAACAGCUAAAUCACAGUUCUUGAAGUACACAGAAAAGAUAGCACCUCGGGCCAUUUUCACCACUGGGCAAGGCGCUAGUGCAGUCGGUCUGACUGCAUAUGUCCGAAAGAAUCCCACUACAAGGGAUUGGACUUUAGAAGCUGGUGCUUUAGUACUGGCCGAUCGGGGCGUGUGUUUAAUCGACGAAUUCGAUAAAAUGAACGAUCAAGACCGUACUUCCAUACACGAGGCGAUGGAGCAACAGUCUAUCUCCAUAUCUAAAGCCGGCAUCGUCACUUCAUUACACGCUAGAUGUUCAAUUAUAGCGGCGGCCAACCCAAUAGGCGGGCGGUACGACGCCUCCCUCACGUUCUCGGAGAACGUUAACUUGUCCGAACCGAUCCUGUCACGUUUCGACGUAUUAUGCGUAGUGAGGGACGAAGCGGACCCUAUGCAAGACGCGCAUUUGGCUAAAUUCGUAGUCAGUUCCCACAUACGCCAUCACCCGACACAACGCGGCACCGCUUUAGACGACGCCAAUGCCCCAGAUCCAGAGUUUAUUCUACCACAAGACUUACUCAAGAAAUACAUCGUGUAUGCUAGGGAAAAUGUGCAUCCGAAACUGCAGAACAUGGACCAAGACAAAGUUGCGAAGAUGUACAGUCAAUUGCGCCAGGAAUCUCUUGCCACCGGCAGUUUACCGAUCACUGUGCGACACAUCGAAUCAGUGAUCCGUAUGAGCGAAGCGCAAGCCCGUAUGCAUCUUCGCACUCAAGUAUCGGAACAAGACGUGAAUCUCGCCAUACGCACCAUGUUGGAGAGCUUCGUGGACACGCAGAAAUACAGCGUCAUGCGAGCCAUGAGACAGACAUUCCAAAAGUACCUCUCAUACAAGAAGGACCACAGCGAACUGCUUUACUACAUCCUACGGCAACUCACUAUGGACCAAUUGGCAUAUAUGAGGGGAUUGCACAACCACUCCCAGUCCACUAUCGAAAUCUCAGAACGAGAUCUCAUUGAGAGAGCUCGCCAAAUAAACAUUUCAGACCUGAAACCGUUUUACGACAGCAGAAUAUUCAAAAUCAACGGUUUCACCUAUGACCAGAAGAGGAAAGUCAUUGUACACACAUUGCCUGACGCCCCUGCAUCAACGUAA